AUGUUGGGUUUCUGGUGCAAUGUUUUGUUUGAUUUGCCAGUAUAUAGAGUAGAGGACCCUUUCUGUAGCCGUGAUGGCGAGGCCUCUGGUGCCGCCGCCGUUGCAAAUGAUGAUUACACUGGAACCGACAACAGCGAUGGUUUGGAUAUAGUUUUGAACGACGAUGUUCAUGGUGAAGGUUUGGACAACAACAAUAAAGAGUGCUUUGAGCAGUCGAAGUCAAUUUUGGUUCCAUAUGGAAAUGAAAGUGCUCCUUGGUCUUCUGAUUUUUCUGAUUUCAAUUCUAUGAUGAAGAAUGUGAAUAUUCCCAUUAUUGAAGAUGAAGGAUUGCACAUCAACUCAAAGAGUAGUUUAGUCUUUGAUGGUGUUUCUAAAAUUGGGUAG